CAUACAUGAAAGAGAUUUUGUGUACUACCGGUAGCUAAACUUUAUGGCAACUACUUGUGCGACCUUAGGUGAAAGGGGGAAAUCUAUUUUUCUGAACAAGACGACAGUUUGUAGAAGCCCUAUACCAUCCAUCCUCGCCAUGGACAGGCAAGAGGCGCAGGUCCUGCAGAACCGGUCGCUGUUAGAGGCGCAGUACCGAUGUGAGAAACAGCUGCUGGCAGAGCCUCCAGUAGAAGGGGGAGACUACUGUCCGGGAACAUGGGAUGACAUCAUGUGUUGGCCGACGACGCCAUCUGGAACUGUCGCCAGGCAACCAUGUCCUGAGUAUAUUAGCAACUUUAACACAGCGGAGUUUGCUGUCAAGGAGUGCCUCUCUAACGGAACUUGGUAUCAUCGCCCUUCCUCUGACCAUCCCUUCACAAACUACUCACGAUGUCCUCUGGGGAUUCCCAUGGACCUACUGACGCACAUGCCCAAAAUCCGACUGAUGUACAAGAUCGGGUACGGGAUCUCGCUCACCACACUCUUCAUAGCUGUCCUUAUCAUGUUGUUCUGCAGGUAA